AUGCACACAAGUUCAGUGGUAUUGGAGUGGGUAAUCGAUUUCCCCCUAGCACAUCAUGCACCAGACAGCGAACAAGAGCUUCCAAUCAGUGACGAGCAACCACGUCUUGGGAUAACUGGGAUUCAGGAGGUCCCUGAACAACCACAACCUGAGGUCCCGGAAGGUGCUUUGGACUUGUCAGAAAAUCAUGAACAGCAGCUGCUGGCGCAAGACGAGACAACAAAUUUACCAGAUGGACAUGGCCAUCAAUCAGAAGAACUACCGCACCUUCCUCGGAGUCUGCAACAGGAAUCAGAAGCCUCGGCAGGGACGUCUGAGCCGCUUGUCAGUCAUGAAUUGCAGCAGCCACAGGUGUCGGAGGUUUGUCAAAUCACUGAGAAAGCCCAAUUGGAGGCGAAAGCAGAGACAUUGGACCUGGUGAGCGAUCAUCAUGAGAAUCACCCAGCCUCGCCUGGAAUCUCUGAGAAUCUUGGACAAGAACAACUAGAGGUAGUGGGUGGAGCACCAGGCGUACUCAAUAACCAGGGAGAACAGCAGCCGGAGGUUUCGGAGGUUCCCGAGAGUUCCAAGCAGUCAGAAGUAGAGACUCCGGAGGAUGUAGCGACAUCCUCGGGGGACAGUCAUCAACAAGAUCCCGGAAUUCGGAAAAGACUCCGUUCACGUUUAGGAGAGUUAUUAAAUCAUGGAUUGAGGCCAUGGAAGAGACGUCGGAACACUUAG